UGUAGUUUCCAAAUAAAAAAUAAAAAUAUAGGGUGACCCAGAAAAACUACAAAUUUAUUGAUUUAUAUCGAGCUAUCGCUUUUUGACAGUUGACCGCUGCAAAUAUCUUAAAUAUUCGAGUUGUAAAAUGACCUCCAACGAGACCCAGACUGAGGGAAAGCAUAGGGUAACGAUUCCCUCUGCGACCCCUGAAAAAAGUGAAGAAUCCAACGAUGAAUCCAAAAGCGUUCCUAAUGAGGAUCCCAAAAGACUUUCUCAUAGCGAGUUCCAAAAGAGGGUCACCACGGAUAGGAGCAAUGAACCGGUGUUCAGUUGCCAGUUUGAAGUUUUUGGGAUAGUGCAAGGCGUUUCCUUCCGAAUGUACACCUUACGAAGAGCGCAAAAGUUGGGCGUUCGGGGCUGGUGCAAGAACACCACUGAAAACACGGUGAAGGGUGAAAUUCAAGCGCAUCGACAUGCCUUUGAGUCCAUGCGCCUCUGGCUAAAGCACACCGGCAGCCCCACUAGCCGAAUCGACAAGUGCAUCUUUGGCGACACCUCUGAGCUUUCCGAGUUUACCUACAGCAACUUCUCGAUUGUGGUGGAUUAAUUUGUGUUCCAGCUUUAGACCAAUUUAAAACUGAAGAAAUUGUAUUAUUUGAUUUAUUUACGUUUGCUUAGAUUUUGGAUAUGAAUUAAAAAUUGUCCUACAGUUAUAAGUUGUAAUACAAGAUUUUCACUUCAAGUGAUCUUAAAAAUCUUAUUGUUUAAUUGAACAAUGUUUUCUUAGGGCUUCGAAGUCAAUAUUAUACAUGAUCUUAGUCUUAAAAACUCUAUAUUUAAAAAUAAUACAAAGCUAUAGCUGCAAUAAAAAAAGCAUAUGUUAUAGGUAAUUUCUCCAUUGCCUUUUAGCCUGAGAAUAAAUAAAUAAAUAAAUAAUAAUACAAAGUAGUCUUAAAUAAAUUAUAAAAACAUAGUUACUUUCUUUUUAUAUUUAAACUAGACGUCGGAAUAUAUAUUAAGUAAUUUUUUACACCCGAUUUUUGAUAUUUCGUAAGUUUCAAUUUUUUUUCGAAUAAUCAUAGUUUGGCAACUUAUCCAAAGAGGGUUUUUAGACAAAAAAAAUUGAUACUGUUCAAGGAUUCCAGUACAUAGUCAUAACUAAUGUAAAUAAUUAUAAAGUAGCACUUUCUCAAAAGUAAAAUCAAUAUCUACAAAUUCAAACUAAUAAUUUGAUUAUUUUGUUAAAACAAAUAUGGACCGCGCAUUGGCAGAAUCUUGGGUUUGGUGUUUAAACACUGGCCGGCAUAAGUAUUUUGACGAAGCUAAAGCUAAAUAUACUCAUAAUUUGAAUUUGAUUCAUGUACAUUUUGGCAUCCAAACAAAACUAAACUAACUAAGAAAGAAUUUUUUCAAAAA